UGAAUUCUGAUGUGAGAGAGUGAGUUGAGUUAAAAAGGAAACAGAUGGCUUGUACUUGAUCAUCUGUGAGCUGAUCGGCGUAUAUUAUUAUGUUUUGGUAACAAAAACAAAAAUUACCGAGCAAGGGAAGUUAAACGAAUUGAGCGAGAUAAGUGAGAAGCAAAGAAUGAUAAGAGCGAGAAAAGCCAGAAGAGGAGGUGGAGGAGGAGGAGCAGCAGCAAAUCUUCCUUGAUAUUUCCAAACUGAGUGUGAGAGAGAGAGAGAGCUAAAGAAAUUGUAGCAACGCUGUCGGUGGGCAUAGUUGCAGAUGUGGGAGUAGCUAGCAGCUACAAUAAAUAAGGAUAAGACGGGAGAUCGAUCUCUAGCUGUCUGAAUUCUGAAAUGGAGGCGAGUGCUGGUUUAGUUGCCGGCUCUCACAACCGGAAUGAGCUUGUCGUCAUCCGCCGUGAACGUGAUGGGGAAUCUGCUCCGAAAGCAUUACAGGGGCAGAUUUGCCAGAUUUGUGGAGAUGAUGUAGGCCUGACUGCAGACGGGGAGCUGUUCGUGGCCUGUAACGAGUGUGCCUUUCCCAUUUGCCGCACUUGCUAUGAGUAUGAGCGCUGCGAGGGAAGCCAAGUCUGUCCUCAGUGCAAGACCCGCUUCAAACGUCUUAAGGGGUGUGCCAGGGUGCAGGGUGAUGAAGAAGAAGAUGGUGUGGAUGACUUGGAGCACGAAUUCAGUUUUGAUGCAACAAGGAGCAGACAUGGUAUGCAGCAGGCGCUUGCUGCAGACACAAUGCUUCACGGCCACAUGACCUAUGGCCGUGCCUCUGACUCUGAUUUCCCUCAAGUCCUUCAUCCCAUCCCCCAACAUCCCCUCCUUACAAAUGGUCAAAUGGUUGAUGAUAUCCCUCCUGAACAACAUGCUUUGGUCCCUUCUUUCAUGGGAACUACUGCCGGAGGCAAAAGGAUCCACCCUCUUCCUUUCUCAGAUCCUGCCUUUCCAGUACAAGCCAGAUCCAUGGAUCCUUCCAAAGACCUCGCUGCUUAUGGCUAUGGUAGUGUUGCUUGGAAGGAAAGGAUGGAGAGUUGGAAGCAAAAGCAAGAGAAAUUACAGAUGAUGAAACAUGAAAAUGGUGGCAAAGAUUGGGACUAUGAUGGGGAUGGGAAUGGCCCUGAUCUACCACUAAUGGAUGAGGCAAGACAGCCCUUGUCAAGAAAAUUGCCAAUUCCAUCGAGCCAAAUCAAUCCUUACCGAAUGAUCAUCAUGAUUCGACUUGUUGCUCUUGGAUUCUUCUUUCAUUAUCGGGUCAUGCAUCCUGUGAAUGAUGCAUAUGCACUGUGGCUCAUCUCAGUAAUUUGUGAGAUUUGGUUUGCUGUUUCAUGGAUUCUUGAUCAGUUCCCAAAGUGGCUUCCCAUUGACAGGGAAACUUAUCUGGACAGAUUGUCCCUGAGGUAUGAGAAAGAAGGCCAGCCUUCACAACUUUGCCCUGUUGAUAUUUAUGUCAGUACAGUUGAUCCGUUGAAGGAGCCUCCUUUGGUGACUGCAAACACUGUUCUUUCCAUUCUUGCAGUGGACUACCCUGUCGACAAGGUCUCAUGUUAUGUUUCAGAUGAUGGUGCUGCUAUGCUGACAUUUGAGGCACUGUCUGAAACAUCUGAGUUUGCUAAAAAGUGGGUCCCUUUCUGUAAGAAGUUUAGCAUAGAACCACGGGCACCUGAAUGGUAUUUUGCACAAAAGAUAGAUUAUCUUAAAGAUAAGGUGCUUCCAUCAUUUGUGAAGGAACGGAGAGCAAUGAAGAGAGAAUAUGAAGAGUUUAAAGUUCGAAUCAAUGCUUUGGUUGCUAAAGCUCAGAAGGUUCCAGAAGAAGGAUGGACGAUGCAAGAUGGAACUCCGUGGCCUGGAAAUAAUGUUCGUGAUCAUCCUGGGAUGAUUCAGGUGAGAGUCUCAGCUGUUCUUACGAAUGCACCUUACUUGUUGAACUUGGAUUGUGAUCACUAUAUCAAUAAUAGUAAAGCUCUUAGAGAGUCAAUGUGUUUCAUGAUGGAUCCGUUGGUAGGAAAGAGAGUGUGCUAUGUCCAGUUCCCACAGAGAUUUGAUGGUAUCGACAGGCAUGACCGAUAUGCCAACCGAAAUACGGUGUUCUUCGAUAUUAACAUGAAAGGCUUGGAUGGAAUCCAAGGGCCUAUCUACGUCGGGACUGGAUGUGUCUUCAGAAGGCAGGCUCUCUAUGGUUAUGAUGCUCCAAAAACAAAGAAGCCACCAACCAGGACAUGCAACUGCUUGCCAAAAUGGUGCUGUUGUGGAUGCUUUUGUUCUGGAAAGAGGAAGAAGGCCAACAAACCUAAGACUGAUAUGAAGAAAAGGAAUUCCAGGAAGGGAGAUACAGAGGCUCUGGCACCUGUCUGUGCUCUGGAGGGUAUCGAAGAGGGCAUUGAAGGUGUUGAAGUUAAAAAUUUGACUCUGAUGUCUGAGGAGAAGUUGGAAAAGAAGUUUGGGCAGUCUUCUGUGUUUGUGGCAUCCACCUUGCUAGAGGAUGGAGGGACACUGAAAAGCACCAGCCCAGCAUCUCUGCUUAAAGAAGCCAUCCAUGUCAUUAGCUGUGGCUAUGAAGAUAAAACAGAAUGGGGAAAGGAGGUUGGCUGGAUAUAUGGUUCAGUUACAGAGGAUAUCCUAACAGGCUUUAAAAUGCAUUGCCAUGGGUGGCGAUCCAUAUAUUGUAUCCCUGCAAGGCCUGCAUUUAAAGGGUCUGCUCCCAUUAAUCUGUCUGAUCGUUUGCACCAAGUCCUUCGGUGGGCCCUUGGAUCAAUCGAAAUAUUCUUGAGUAGGCAUUGCCCUCUUUGGUACGGGUAUGGAGGGGGUCUGAAGUGGUUGGAACGUCUGUCUUACAUAAAUGCUACUGUAUAUCCAUGGACAUCCAUUCCACUUCUUGCUUAUUGCACUCUACCUGCUGUAUGUCUGCUAACAGGCAAAUUUAUCACUCCAGAGCUGAGCAAUGUUGCUAGCUUGUGGUUUCUGUCUCUUUUCGUCUGCAUCUUUACAACGAGCAUAUUGGAAAUGAGAUGGAGUGGCGUUGGCAUUGAUGAGUGGUGGAGAAAUGAGCAGUUUUGGGUGAUUGGAGGGGUGUCAGCGCAUUUGUUUGCUGUGUUUCAAGGGAUUUUAAAGGUUUUAGCUGGUGUUGAUACAAACUUUACUGUGACAUCAAAAGCAGGGGACGACGCAGAUUUCUCGGAGCUUUAUGCAUUUAAGUGGACGACAUUGCUCAUCCCACCAACCACACUGCUCAUAAUAAACUUGAUAGGCGUAGUCGCUGGAGUCUCCAAUGCUAUAAACAAUGGGUAUGAGUCAUGGGGGCCUCUGUUUGGUAAGCUCUUCUUUGCCUUCUGGGUUAUUGUUCACCUCUAUCCUUUCCUCAAGGGUCUGCUUGGUAGGCAGAACAGAACUCCUACAAUCAUUAUUGUGUGGUCAAUACUGCUGGCUUCCAUCUUCUCCCUUUUAUGGGUUCGGGUUGAUCCAUUCUUGGCCAAGUCGGAUGGCCCAGUCCUGGAGGAAUGUGGAUUGGACUGCCAUUAACACCACAUAUUGUGUGCCAUUCAUAUACAAUCCUUGUGCAACUGGCUGGCGUAUGAUACAAACAAAUUAUAAAGUUUUGUUAUGUGCCUUUGAGUGAAUGUGAUCAGUGUUCAGUGUUCAGUGACAGACGGGUCUGCAAGUUGUAGAUUAAAUACAUGCAUGGCACGGCACGGCACGGGUCUCUUUUCGAACAGCUCCUUCCCUUCUCGUGUUCGGUUAUUGGUUUUGGUUUGGGAAAUUCUAAAUAUCAAGUCCAACUCUGAUCCGAGCUGUUGCCUGGCUGGCUGCUGUCUGUAACUACUUCUUUGAGCGCUUUGUCGCGUCGUUAUCGGAUUGUAUAUAGAGCUCUUGCUACGGCUCUAGCUUUGGUGCUUGCACCAAUACUGUCCACUCCCUUGAUAUCGAUCCUUUGGUAUAUACCAUGCUGGUGUUGUGAUUGGUUGCUGUUUUCUUCUUAGUGCACAAGUGGACUCAGGUGUGAAGUGGAAAGUGACUCUUGGAGGAAUGUUCUUGUGCUGAUGUGCUUCUAUUUUUUUGGGAAAUUUUGUUCUUGACAUAAGAUCGGUGGGUCUCUAUGUGCAACUAUGCUAACUUAUGUGGAGGAUGUGAAUCCCCUCCUUUGUGGCCAUAUUGGUGCGGUAGGUGUGUUCUCCGGUCCCUUUGUGGCGACGGUGGCUCGGUUUUGUAUUUUGUUUUGAUUUUGUAUGGGGAAGAUUUGUUAUACUAGGUUGUUCUGGUUCUUAGUUUAAUCUUCCCUGUGCUUGUGGUACUUUGUUUCUGCAUUGGCAUUUUUGGCCUUGUAUUCUCUGUUUGUUUCCUUUCCAUUU